AUGGAUACAUACAAAGAUCACUUCUCAUCAAAGGAAACUUGGGAUCAAAUUCGAAGUAGGAAGGCACAAGUGGAGUGGUGUAGUAGUGUGUGGUUUCCACAGGGUGUGCCUCGCUACUCCUUUAUACUUUGGCUAGCUGUUCUAAACAGGCUAUCAACUGGAGAUAGAAUGAGAAUGUGGGGCAUUAGGCAGGACUGUGUCUUGUGUGGAGAGCGGGAUGAAACUAGGGAUCAUUUGUUUUUUGCUUGCCCUUACUCGUAUUCAGUUUGGGAUCGAAUCGCUAGUGUGCUCAUCGGACCAGGUAUCAAUCCAGACUGGCAGGAUACAUUUACUUCUAUUCAAGGUGGAGGGCGCUGUCAACUGGAUAGUAUUCUCCUCCGCCUCGCUUUUCAGACAACAGUUUAUCAGGUCUGGACGGAGCGCAAUGCUCGGAGGCAUCACAGUGGUAGUCAGACUGUAGAACAACUCAUUAAGCUCAUUGACAAAAUGGUCAGGAACAGAAUAUCAUCGCUCCGAUACAGGUUUCCUCACAAGUUAGAAGGAUUGAUGAGAAGGUGGUUUGACGUAGUGAGAGUUUAG